AUGAACUAAAAUUCAUUUUAUGAUUAAGUCCACCCUCAAUUAAAGAGCAGUGUGUUUGAUAGUCAUAUGCUAAUCGAUAGAGAAGAGAAAAAGCGGUAUUAGGAACCUGUAAUCUAUUAUUACAUGUUAGGUUGUAACUAAGGAUUGUGUCAAUCAUCCAAAAUUCUGUUUUGAAAAGAAAGAAGCAAUUUAAUAGAUCAUGUUAACUAAAGUUUAUAAAUGUCCAAUAUGUCAUAAAAUUGCUAAAAAUGAAAAUGAUUUAAUUUAAGAUUGGAGAUCUUAAGCAUAUCGAGAAUUCAAUUAAUACAUUACUGAAGUUACAGUGAUUAUAGGAAUUAUGGUUAACAAAUAUGUCAGAAAAUAAGCAAGAUAUCAGAAAUUUUUUAUGGAAGAUGUUUAUUAGAAGGAACUUAAAAAUAUGUUUGAUAGGAUUAGUUAGGAAAACUCUAUUAAUUUUUUAAUGAAAAACAACUUAAGUGGUAGUUAAGAUUAGCAAAAAAAAAUUUAAUUUUGGAGUUUCUGUUUGUUAGAUAGAGUAAAAAUUACUAUUCCUGUUAGAAUAAUGGGAUGUAAGCAUUAUGAGUGCUAUGAAUUAACAAGUUUAUUAUUUUAUUAGCAGUAAAACUAUAAAAAAAAGCAAUUCUUAGAAUGCACUCAACCUGGAUGUUCAAAUAGAUUAAAAAUUGCCCAUUUAGAUUACACUACAAUAGACAAAACACACAAUUUAAAUAAUGUAAAUUAAACUCAAAAUAAUGCGGCUUAAGUUUAUGGAGAAUGGAACUCUAAUUAUCAAGUCCACAUCGAAGAAGAAAAAUAGAAAAUUUUGGAUGUUCAAGCAUUAUUUGAUGGUAUUUAAAUAGAUUUAGAUUUAUUAAAUGCAAUAAAAAGAAGUCAUCCAAGUUCAUAUAAAUUUUAUUAUAAUCAGGGCACUUAAAAAAUUGAAGAAGAUGUUUAAAUAAUUAAUAACAAAUAUAUUGAUCCAUUAAUAGAGAAAUAUUAUUAAAGUAAUAAAGAACUUUAAUAAAGAUAAUAAUUCGAUGAUUUUUAAAAUUCAAUAUUAUAAUCUGCAAUUUCGGUAAGUUAGGGAGAUCUGUUGGUAGAGGAUAAAUAAUUAGGCAAGAAAAUAGCCUUAUAUAAAUAUAGAAAUUAUAAAGUAAAAAUGGUAGAUCUUUUAACAAAUAAGAUAAUUGAAUACCCUGUAAGAUGUAAAUUCUGCACUGAUUUAAGUGUUUGUAUGGAUAUGAGAAGUUAUAUUGCAGAUUUCACUUAUUAAAAAAAGAUGUUCCCAAAUAAAAAUUAUACUUGUCCUCUAUGUAAAACACAAUAAAAGUCAAUUUUGAUUAAAGCAACAAUUUAAUCCAACAUAUAUCUUGAUUCAAAUAUGCUUUCAUAUAUGUUUAAAGAUAUGUCCUAUACCUAAGGAACUUAAGUAUUUGAAUAUAAAGGUUAGUAAUAUAUGCUUUAAGAAUUUAUGGAUAGAUAAAAAAUCAGAAGAGAAGACUAUAUAGGAAACUUAAUUGAAUUUAAAUAGCUUUUUUGUAUCCGUAAUCCAAAAUUAAGAAUUAAAGAACCUUUAGUCCUUUCAAAAUGUCCUUAAAAAAAUGUAGUUGAUUUUUCAACAUUUUAUGAUGAAUUAAAGAAAAUUGAUUUUGAUAUUGAAAAUAAAGGAUUAACUUUAUGUAAAUGUCAGAGUUGUAACUCAAAUCCUAUUUGGACUAUAACAGGAAACAUUCAUUUUCAUGAACCAUUUUAUGAGGCUCUGAAUAAGUUUUAUAAAUUAGAUAAUUACACAUAAUUAAAAAAAUUUACUUAUAAAUUUUAGAAAACAGAGGAAAAGAGCUAUAUUAAAGAAGAUAGAAUGAAAAAAAAUGAAAAAAAAAUUAAACUAAUAUAACUAAAUUAAACGGAGGAGAACUACGAUAAACAUAAAUAACAAACAAUUCUUCUUCGUAAAAUAAAUUAAUUUAGAAAUCCCAUUUAAAUAUAAGAAUUUUUCAGUAAAGAUAGAUUUAUAAAUUGUUAAAAUGAUAGAGAAUAUUAAAAGCUAUUUAGUAAAAAUUACUUUAGUGGUUACUAAUAUGAAAUUGAACAGAUUUUAUAAAAUAUGGAUGGUGCAGAAAUCACUUAUGAGAAAAAUGGCAUUCAUUUAGAUUCAAAUAGAAUAAUAUAAAAAGUAAAUAGUAAUAUUGAUAAUUAAUUGAAUGAGUAAUAAUUCAAAGCAAAUUAACUAUCAGUUUAAAUGUCUAUUGAUAAUCUAAAAGUAUCUAAAGAGCCAUUUAAUAAUUUCAGUUGA